AUGGAUCAAAUCAUGGGAAAACCUGCAAGUGAUCUCGAGCCCAGUACCCCGUCAAAUGGCGCGCAGCUGUCACUCCCAGAUGCCAUGCAUCAACCAAUCACUGCUCAAGUCCAGGCAGUUCUGAAAGUCAUUCAAGAGAACGUGUCAGGUAUUCAUCCUCGGACGGAAGAGCCUUUUGAACUCACCCUUUCUCGACAGGCAUGGCUAGAGCUGCAACGAAACCCUGACUUUGACUUGUGUAUCGAACAAAAACAAUUUCCAGUCUCAUACGAUAGCUCGACCGCUGUGCUUACCAUCAUGCCACCCCCCCUCUUCAUGCACCGGGCUAUCCUUGGAUUCCUUUCAGAAGUCGGCUCCGGUGCCAGAUCCAAGUCGAACGAGAAGGCCCAGAUGUCGAUCGUGCAAAACCUCUACGUUGACAACUUUGAAGGACCAUACGCGUCGUCUGCGAAACAGCCAGACUUGGUCAUCAACUGGGGCAAGGAUCUGCAUCAGCCUCACACUGUUGUCGAAGUUGGGAAGUCACAGUCUCUCGAAUGUCUCCGCGGCUUAGUCCCUCUCUAUCUGACCGGUAACCCCACUAUCCAACGCGUUGUCUUGGUCAAGAUCAUGGAAACUCCAGCGUACGCAAGCUCAUCCCGCCUCCCAAUUCAUGUAACAUCUGCGCAAGAUCUCCGCCGCGAUGAGGUCACAGGGGCAAUCUUCUAUGGCGACAUCCAGCUGGUGGGCGAAGUCAAGUUUCGAUGGGAAGUUUGGGAGCGCGUCAACGGACAACCAACCACGACCUUCGAGGAAGAGUUUGGUUACGGUGAGCUGCCCUGCCGGCCCUUGCCCAUUUUCAAGAUCGAUGCUGCAGGUAUGGAGGCAACAGUCCAACCAGCGGCCAUGAAAGAUUUCUGGGAUUGUACGUGGAACCCGGCGACUUUGAUGGAUGCGGUUAGGCGUGCGAGAUGUUAA